AUGGGAGAUGAGAAGAAGGAUGAGAAGGAAGGCAUCUCCGCCGAAGCUUCUUCGGACGCGGCUGGCGCGUCCGACCGGAGCUCGGUGAGGACCAUCUUGGGCAGCUGCAAGAGGCCUUUGGAUGGCCACCACGCUUCGAACCACCGUGGAGUGAGCUGGGAUGAGGCCAAUUUGGCUGAACAUGACAAGGAGAGGGGUACAAGGCGACUUCGAGGAUCGAGACGGAGGGGGAGCCCGUGGAGCCGCGCUCCGACGCGCUCUCCGACGCCUUCAGCCGACGGGCGGAAGAUUGAUGAGCCGCCAACUCCAUGGGCACAGAGUCCAGUGUCCUCAGAGGAGGAGACUGAAGCCAAAGUGAAGACGCCCAAGUCGUCGACGCAGGUCUCCACCGUCGCAGAUGCGCUCUCUGCUCGUUUGCAGCAGCUGGAGAGCAAGGCUGAAGAUGCUCCAAGUGAUGCCAGGCAGCCGGCCAGUCCAGCCGCCUCCAUACGAUGGGCAGAUGCAGGUUCGCCUGCGAAAAAGACCUCUUCCGCGGCCUUCAAGGCCAAGCGUGCAGCCCACUAUGAUGAGUUCCGCGUCUUGCAGGCCAUGCGGCAACGAUCCGCGAAUGGGAAAAGCUCCGAGAGUGAGGAGUCCAGUGCGAAAUGAGGCGAAAAGAGCUCCGACCAUCAUCUGGUGAGGCG